AUGCUGCCAUCAGAUUCUAUGCAACAUACUCUUCAGAAGCUCGCUGAAGUGCGACCAAAUCGCACUUCUACUUCUACCUCUACAACUGCUCCUCCUCCAUACACACUAUCCGUUCACAGACCAACCGGCGUGAGUGUUAUGAGCCUUGACCAAUCGGACCCUCUGUAUGAAGAGGAGCCCAUGUCCCCCAUCACCAUUCACAUUGAUAAUUCAAUCACUGUGACUGGCAACAAUAACAUCAUUGUGCUGUCAUCAUCUGGACCCAGUUCCUCAACAACCUCAAGAGGCCCCGAGGACCGAAACUCUUCUCGAUUGUCAUCUUUGGCAGCUAUCAUCAUCGCGGCUUUGAACCGUGCCCAUGCCCUCCGGGAUGAGUUGGGAGUCCCCCGACCCGUCAACAUCAACAUCAACUCUGCCAUUCGCGUGGAUGGUAAUAACAAUACCAUCCCUCAGGCGGUGAUCCCCAAGCCCAAGCCCGAUGUUGUCAAUGUCGGGGUCGGAGAGGACAUUGUGCAGAAGCGCCGUGCGAGUUCGGUGCCUCCAGAAUCCCCUCCGGCUGGUCGCCGGCGCCGCAUGUCCUGA